CCCCCUUCCAAACCGCAUCGCCGCCGCUGCAUUAUAAAUGCUUCUCCAAAAUGCGGCGGAGCUCCUUUUUCUCUUUGCCAGCGCCUCCUCCGCCCGAUCUGCAUCCCUGAAAAAGGCUUCGAACGCAGGCACCCGUGUGGGAAGGUUCUUCCCCCUCGCGUCCAGCAUUUCAGACCCUUUUUUUUUUCCUGGGGGGGGAUUCAGUUUGCAUGCAUUGUCUGUCUCCCAAAAUGGUCUGCGAGACUAAGAUAGUGGCGGAAGAUCAUGAAUCGCUUUCAGGAGCCAAAAAAGAGACCAUCAUCGUGUCUUCCUCUCAAAUGUGGCCCUCCUUAUCGGGCGCGCCGGCGGCUCCUCCGAGCGCCCCGGCGGACGAAGGGGACCCGCAAGAAGAGGGCGUCCGUAUCCGGGAAUUUCACCCCGCCGAGCAAGAAGUGGUGCGGCGCAUAUUUUAUGAAGGCAUCAUGGAAAGGAUCCCCAACACGGCAUUCAGAGGGUUAAAAGACCAGCCCUUUACGCAGCUGGUGUAUGGGACAAUGGCUGUAAUAUGCUUUGUUGUGACCAAGUCCUUGCUGCUGACCUGCUGUUUACCCAUCUUUCUAAUGGGUAUGAGGUACUACUUCAGUAGAAAAGUUAUCCUCAACUAUCUCGAGUGUGCACUGAAUACGGACAUGUCUGAUAUUGAGCAAUAUUACAUGAAAUCACCAGGUUCCUCCUUCUGGGUUGCAGUACUGAACGGAAAUGUGGUAGGCAUCGUCGCGGCAAGAGGCAACGAAGAGGACAACACGGUGGAGCUGCGUCGCAUGUCUGUUGACUCUAAAUACCGUGGUAAAGGGAUUGCCAAAGCACUGGGCCGCAAAGUGCUGGAAUUUGCCAUGGUCAAUAACUAUUCCUCGGUUGUCCUGGGAACCACAGCAGUGAAGGUGGCAGCCCACAAAUUGUAUGAGUCUUUGGGAUUCAAGCAUGUGGGUGUUGUUGAACAUUACACUCUGCCUGGGAUGACACAUUCCAUUUUAGAAAGAAUGUUUUUCCAGCUUCGCUACCACCGCUACUGCCUGCAGCUGCGUGAAGAGUAAAAAAAAAAAAUCUCCCGUUUCCUUCCCCAGAUCUUCCUUGCCCGUGUUUUAUGGGGGAUUUUGUCAUUUUUUUUUCUUUGCCGAUUUCCUUUUAUUUUGAUGGUUCUUCAUUUCAUUUUGUUCAUUUGCUUUGUACAGAUUCCUUUUACAAACAAAAGGGGUUCUUCUUUCCUGACAUGCUUGUAGAGUGACUAAUGCUGGUGCUAACGCUGGGGACACUGCUGGCUGGCCUUGAUGCUGUUUGCGUGUUCAGUGGCCAAGGAGGUCAGGAUGAGCAUCCUCUUCUCCCCCUCUCCCAGUCUUGCCCAGGUUACCUACAUAAGCACAGAAACUAUACAUAUGUAACAAUAUUGCUUGUCUGGUGUGCGUUGUACAUAGUUUUCCCUUCCCUGAAAUAUUUUUUUAAAAAAGCAGUGAAAUCUUACAACACAGCUAAGUGCGGAUGUUUUACUUGAAUGCAUUUCUCAGUAUUUCAUGGACACGUAUGCAUUCAUGAUAUAUUGGUUAAUAAUAACAAAAGAAAAUGUGAAAAACCUGCUUGCGAUAAUGCAUGAAGAGGAAGUGUUUGCAUGCAUUCAGACACACAGCACUGCCAAGUAGGCUCUGAUAUUGCACUUCUUUGGAUGUACCUCAUUCUGCCAACGGUCUGCAAGAAUCAUGGUGCAUCCAAUACCUUGUUCCCUUAUUCUCGUUUUCUUCUUAAGCCAGCAAAUAUAAACCCUGAGCCCAUUGUAAUAUAUGUAAAUUACUGAAAUAUCAUCUGCUGUGAUGUAUAUAUAACCUGCAGUCCUGUGCCAGACAUCUCCAUAUGCAGCAGAAUUUAAUUUAAUUUUCAUGUAUAAUUUUGUUUAUUGUCUUUGCUUUCUUUCUCCAAGCUCUAGCUUUUGCUGACUGGUUUCACAGAGGCAAAAUCAGCCUCCUGUUUCUGUGGCAACAAAUCAGUAUGCUAGUUUAGGUGCACCAACCUAAAUGCUUCAGAAAAGCAAUACACAAAAGACUGAAGUUGCAAAUUGGGCUGAAGGAGGCAGGGAAAGCAAAGGCUGCUUUCAUUGGCUGGGAGCCGAUCAAAUACAGACAGCUUGCUAUAAAAAGUAACUGCUGCUUAAUGAUGUCACAUUUGUGAAUUGUACAGUACAAUGCAAGCAGAAAUGCAACACAGAUUUGGCAUGUGUCUGUACAAUACCAGCUGUCAAAAUAACUAAGCUUACAACUUCUAGCUUAAAAUAUUUCUGAAAUUCUAUAACAUUUCAAGAAACAGCAACUUUUCACAAGGUAUAUCUUGAGGGACAUCUGGAAGUUGGAUUGUUUUUUUAUUUUAAUAGAACAGUUAUGUUUGCACUUAUGAAUGAGGAAUUUGACUUUCUAAAGAUAAGUCCCAUUUAAUGUUUCAUCAUUUUUAAAAAAAAAAUCCUAGGAUAGAAGUUAGACAAAAUGUUGUACCAGCAGUGUUUCAGAGAUGAGAUCACUGGUGAACUCAAGUAAAUGAGGGAGUGACGGAGACACCAUUAUAUUGCAUUGAGGGGCAUUGGUGGUAGGCAACCCAUAUCCGUUGUGUUGGUGCUUCUUCAAUUCAUCAGGUCAAGAAAAAGGGGGGGGUGCUUGCUCAUUGACAUGGAAACUAACUAUACAACAGUAAAACUGAUAAAAAUGUUAGAACAAAGAUGAGGCUACUAGUGCCCACAAUAUUCCUUCUGGAUUAGAGGGUGAUGACAAACCAUUCCUCAGCAUGCUUUCCGUAAAACAAAAAUAGUUCUCCGUCCUCAUUUAGGAGAGAACUUAUUUUAUAAAUUAAUUCCAAUUCCUAGUACAGAGAAACAUCUAGCACUGCAGUCUCCUUGCAAACAACAAUUAUUACAAUGAAAUAAAAUGAUAAGAAGAGACAAAACUCUUUUUCUUUUUAAACCUGCUCAUGCCUUGCCCAUGUUGGUAUUCUUCCUGCCUCAGAUGGUGCCAUAUAUAGAAAUGAGGGGAUCAAACUGUGUCCCAGCAAUAAAUCAAAUUGAUCAGUGGUACAGAUUGAAUUUGAUUUAAAGAAUGUACAUGUUGGAAUUGAGUGUGUGUGGAUUUGGAAUGUAUUUUUUAAAAAUUUCUAUGCUCUACAUUUCUCUUGAAGGUAAAAUGUGUACUGUGGGAAGGUGUAGGAUAGAGAUGUAUAGUGUACAGAAAUUGGUAUAAUAUUUUCUAGCUGUUUUCAGUAUUUUCAUUAAAUUGCAUAACAGAAUAUUAUAAAGUAUUAGGGGAAAGUGAAAGAAAAGAAUUGUUUGUGCCUUUUAUUUAUUAAUUAAUUUCAUUUAAUUUUUGUUCCUGAGUUACCACUGCACAAAAUUAUAUCUGGAGACUUUAUCAUGCUGUUAUAUGUAGCCUAAUUGAUUGGCAGUGAAAUAAUGUGGGUGGUAUCUAAUCCUAAUUGAAUAUUAUUUAUUUUUAUAGAGGCACUUUAAGAACAUGACUGGUUUUGAUUCCUGUACCUUUGUAGUUUUCUUCCUUGGUAGCUAUAUGAAAAUCCUAGAAUAUGCAAGUUCUACCUAGCUGAAAUGCCACUGUAUAAACUCACCUGUGAAGUUGCGCAGGGGAGCACGCUCUUGAAAGUGCAUGGGUUUUCAAGUAUUAUUUAUUCUGUUUCUACUGAAUACUUUAGAAUAAUUAAUUGUGUGCCAAUGUAGGCAGGCAUCACCUCUCUUUUGUCCAUCCAGUUGCAUUAGAUCCUUUAUACUGUAAAUCAGAUAUGCUGUGUUUCGGAUGUGGUACAGACCUUUCAGAUGGAAAUUAUAGAAAGGGAUAUGUCAUCUUCCACAUGUGUAAAGGUUUCAAUCAAUGUAGAGCUGGUUUGAAAUAGAGAAACAAACUUCUGUGGGUAUUCCAAGGUGGUUUGGGCCCAUGGGAGAAGGCAUAUUUUUAAUCAUCUCCACAACUAGCUUUAAAUAUAUAGAAAAUGGGAAGAAAGCAUCAGACAUUAGUUUCUCUUUCUGCACUUCCCAUAUAAUCUUUUUAUCUAUGGCUUGUACAUUGGGUGGUGAACAUUUGGCAGCAUGUUUACAAUGCAACUUCUCACAGGGAAGAAUCAGAAACCUGCUGUGAAUGUUACAUAGAAAUAGUGGGUACAGAAAAUUAGCAAAUUAGAUAAAAGGGUCACAAGGAGACAUUACAUAUGAAAAGGGAUUCAGUGGUCAAAAUCCUGUGGCCUAGCAUAGUAAAUUGCACUAGA